AUGUGGCCUCUCCCUGUGCGUGCCAGCUUUGGAGCUGGCCUCGCCUGGGCUCUCCUUACUGUGAGUCUGGGGAUGGAUUUAAGCUUACAGGAAAGUUUGCUGUUAAAAUCCCUGGGUCUGAGCGUGAAGCCCAGCCCCAAAAUCCCCAUUCCGGUGCCAUCCGUUCUCUGGCGGAUCUUCCAGAAGAGAAAGAGCUCUCCUGCAACAAACAGAGACCCGGUGGACGGUUGUAGAGUGGAGGAGUUUAACGUCCCUGGGAACAUCAUCCGUGUCUUCGCUGAUCAAGGCCACUUCAUUCACAGCACACAGCCCCAUCCGCUGCUGUGUCUGCAGAAGCGUCUGUACUUUAACCUCUCUGUGCUGGAGGAGGGUGAGCGCCUGACGAUGGCUCAGCUGGAGCUCAAGUUCAGCCACAACUCGUACCACAGCCCCGGCCGGGGGCAGGGCUUUGAGCUGCGGCUGUACCACAGCUGCCAGGUGCCACUGAGGGGGAUGCCGUCCCUGGAGCGAGGCCGCAAGCUGCUGGUGGAGCAGUCCUUCGCCCGCCUGCACAAGUCUCUGCUCUUCAACCUGAGCGAUGUGGCAAAGGACUGGACAACUCACAGCAGGAACCUGGGCUUGAUCCUGGAGAUCGCGGUGAGCGGAGACGGAGCCUCGGCCCCGCUGAGCGCAGGGCCACAGGGCCUCUGUGCCGGCAUCGACUCAUUCCUGGAUGCCUCUCUCCUGGUGGUGACCCUCAGCCAGCAGUGCGGGGCAUCCAGGAGGAGGAGGAGCGCUUACAACGUCUCCGUCACACCGAGCAACCUCUGCAAGCCCCGGCGCCUUUACAUCAGCUUCAGUGACGUCGGCUGGGAGAACUGGAUCAUCGCCCCGCAGGGCUACAUGGCCAACUACUGCCUGGGCGAGUGCCCCUUCCCCCUGACAGCUGAGCUCAACAGCACCAACCACGCCAUCCUGCAGACCAUGGUGCACUCACUGGACCCGGAGGGGACACCCCAGCCCUGCUGCGUCCCCGUCAGGCUCUCCCCCAUCUCCAUCCUCUACUAUGACAACAGUGACAACGUGGUGCUGAGGCACUACGAGGACAUGGUGGUGGAUGAGUGUGGCUGCAGAUAGAGGAGAGGUUGUGGGUAUGCGCCGUGGGGCACACGGAAUGAUUGAUGGAAUAAAUCCAAGUGUGAUAAAUGCCCUCUGUGCUGGUGCUUAGGGAGUUUCAGACUGGGACAAGGAGGUCAGAGCUCCCCUCUGUGCUGCCUUCCUCACUUGCAGGCAGGGAGGAGGUCUGCAUGAUGGGAUGGUGACAGGGCUGGUUUAGUGGUCGUGCUGUGCUGGGUGCCCUGAGGUGCUCUGUCAGAGCCUGCAGGUGGUGACGGGGUUAUGAUCAGGUCUGACCCUGGGUGCUGCUCAGCCAUCCGCUGUGGGUGGCAGAGACACCAGGCUGGGAAUCCCGGCCUCCUCUUGUGCCUGGCAGAGCAGCUGCUGCUGCUGGGCUUUGUUGUUUUCAGCUUUUUGCAGCUUAGGUGAUGCAAAACGAAAUGACAAAUUUGAAGUGAUGCUGGCAGGUUCAGCUGCAGCAGCUCUGGUCCAACUGCAGGAAGAGGUGUGGUGUCGUGACACGAGCUGUGUCGCGACUGAAUCCCUUCCCUGGGGCACUGGAGGCUGUGGGACAGCGGUGCUUCUGCUUCACACCUGAGCUGCAUGUUGGUGUACUUGGAGCUGAGUUCCUUCUAGCACUGCUUUUUGUUCAGCCCCCAUUCACCUGUUGUGGAGGGUUUGUCUGCAUCAGCCUCUGUGGAGCAGCACCGCAGGGGAGGCGCUGGGGCUGAGGAAGGACAGCAGAGGCACGCGGUGGCGUUUUGACCCCCCCGAGCUCCCUCUGCUGCAGCACAGCGCCAGUUCAGCUGGCUGAGUGAAGCAAUGAGUGCACUGUGCAGCAGGCAGCAGCAGCUUUGCACAGCAGUAUUACAACCCUCGUAAUGCAGGCACCACGUUAAUAACGCACAUAUGCUUUUGGGGGUUAUUUGUCAUUUAUUUGGCUUUUAGGUUUUUUUAGUUGUUCUUUUUUUUUUGAGGAUUUGGGGACAGAUCUGCAGCUCUUGGCUGUGGUCCUCAGUCCAAUGCAGCAGUUGCUCUCGCAGUGUUUAAUGCCAUGGCAGUGCUGUGUGCUGCCCUUCCAGCAGAGGCUUUCCUGGCACCGCUGCAGCUUUGCUGUUUUUUGGGGGUGGGGGAGCAGACAAGGAAUCUGAGUUAACUUGAAUUAUUUUUUUUGAAAUAUGAGCCUGACAGCACAGCCUGGACUGUUUUUACUUUUUCUUUGUACCUGUGUUGUGUUGUCUCAAGAUCUGAUGAAGUAUUGCUGAGUGCAGCUCCAAGGAAGCACUGAGGGUUUAAACCACUGCCGGAGCUGCAGAGGAGCAUCUUCCUGCAGCACUGCCCUGCUGCCACUCCUGAAGCAGGCUGAGUAGUUGGAGAGCAGCCCUUAGCUGUAGCACUCACUUUCAGCUUCCCCCCAGCCAGCAGUAACCCCUAACAUAGCGCAGAGAAAGCAGCGUCCACCACUGAAGGCUUUAAGAGCUUUGAGUGGGCCGUAACCCAGCAGGAGCCGUUUUCCUUCUCUCCCCAUUAAAACAGGAGGGAUUUACAAACCCCUCCUCUCCUUUUGGUGGCUGGAGCAGACUGAGGGAUGCAGAGCUGUUGCUGGAGCCAGGCUGAGCACAGCUGAGCACCCACGCAGGAUCUGCAUUUGCUUCCCCCCGUCCGCUCUGCCCACCCCCCACUUUUGUACCAGUCCCUGUUUAAAGGAAGUAAUAAACUUGAAGUUUCUACAAUCAUACCAAGUUUUAA